AUGAAACUUAUGGUUGUGCUGAUUGAGUCGAUACAUCGCAUGAUUCAAUGGAUUAAGAUGAUGGCUAUGUCUGUAGAUCCUCAAUAUUUGCAAUUGAGCAUACAAUUUCUUCUCACUGGUGCAUUCGGAGCUAUGAUCAUGUCGAUGUUACAUGGUAUUUUCAGAGGAAUCUGCGUCACACCAUGGGAGACUGUGUAUUUAACAGUGCAUUUAAUUGGAAUUGUCAGCUCAAUCAUUGUCAACUUCGUGACUCGUGGAGGCAAAUGUAAAUUUCAAAAUUGGACGCUUCGCUUUGAAAUUCUGCGUGCAGUCAUUCGAGAGUGCACACGAGGCGCGAGAGGCACACGCAUGAUGUCGGAUGUUAAAUAUGCUUCUGUCAUUCGUUCACAAAGUGCCGUGUGUGGUACUAUAAUGGGCUGGUUUGCUUGUCAACAGAGCAAUCGCCGUAUUGAAUCGGUUUACUUUAAUCACUUGGAGCAUAUUUGGCUCCGUUCUCCAACAACACGAUCACGUAAAACCAAGACAUUUGUGGUUUUAUAUAUCCAUGGUGGGGGUUUCGCACUCUUGAGUCCACGACUUUAUAUUUCCUUUGGUAAUACACUCGCUGUCGCUAUUGAAAAGGAAGUACGUCAACAGCUUUUAAUCGACGAAUCUGUACUAGUUGAUGUUUUCCUAAGUAAUUAUCGCAAGGCACCGGAAUAUUACUUCCCUCUACCUGCUGAAGAUAUCUGCAGGUGGUGGUUUGGUCAUGUCAACUCUACUAAGAAAAUUGAUCCAGAUAUUGACAAAGAGGCUUUGUCAGCUCAUUGCUUUUUAUCUCCAGAAAUAAUUACAGCUGGACGUUUGGCUUAUCACGUGACAGCUUCAGACCCAACAACUUGGGCUGACGCUUCGUCUGUGCAUUGCGAUUUGCGAGGACUUCCACCCGUUUUAAUUCAAGCUGCAAGCUUUGACUACAUCUAUCAGCAUUCAAUUCGACUAGCACAGAAGGCAGUGUUGGAUGGAGUGACAAACUGGGAAAUCGAUAUCCACAAAGAGAUGCCACAUGUAUUUAGCGUCGUACCAUCCUACGUGCUACCAUACGCACAGAUUGGUGUGCUGAGACUAGCAAAAUUUGCAGCUAAACACAUCAUCAAGUGUCAGGUCAAUCAUCCAUCAAUCAAGUCAAUAAUUAAAGAGAACGUCCUUCAGCAACAAAUAGCAAUUGGAAAUAUGGUGGAACUGUUUUGUGCGUUGGUUGGAGAGGCAAGAAAUGUAUUCUGCGUAACGAUCGAUGCUAGCAAGUCGGUGGGACAUUUGAAGGCAGCUAUUAAGACGAAGAACAAAUUGAAGUCAAUUGAUGCGAGCAGAUUAAAGUUAUUCCUCGCCAAGAAAGGCGAAGCGUGGCUGACCCAAAAGCAGGUGGACGAAGGAAUUUAUGGCACGAGUGAUUUUAAGCGAUUGAAAGUUGUGGCAGCCCCACUUUAUUUGGUUGGCUUGUCGGAGAAAGAUGUUACGUUUGAAGUUACGAUGGGGGAUGUCGAGACGAAGAGUACCCCUGUUCACGUGUUGGUGGUUGUUCCGACCAAAAAGGUAGAUACAGUGGCUGCAAACCGAAGAGCCGCAUCAUCAAUGAUAAUUUUAGCAGCUGAACCGACGAAAAUCUUCGUCAAAGUUUAUGAAUUUACACGCGAAGAGGAAGAUUGGCAAGAGCUGACUAUCAACGUCGUGGACGAAUUAUCCAGGACAAAUGCCAGGAUUAUUGUGCGCACAUUUUGGACAAAGUCGACGAGUUCUAUGACGGGAACGAGCGCCCACUCCCGUUCAUCUGCGUGGAAGGGUCAUCAGGCAUGGGAAAAUCGCAACUAG